GUGAGGGAAGUCGCUGUUUUCUCAUAUUGAUUGGUAAUGACGUCGUGCAGUACUACGUUUGCGGGGUCAAUUCAUACAAAAAGGGAAACGUCCAGCGCACUCCCAAUUCCAAGAGUCUUGGUGUGAAUACGACUUGUCACGCCCGUCUCUAUUGUCUAGUAAGUAUACAUGCCACGCUGAACUCCAGCCGGCUCUAACGUUGACCAGCCGCAAUUUUAUCAAGACCGUUGAUUGUUUCUCGCUGCUUCUGUGAUUAUUUCGCACCAACCAUGAAGUCAAAACAGGCUAUUCCAUCGGCCAUUCUUGCCAUCCUCUCCACUAUAGCUGCGCAAUUCCCGACGACUUGCCCGGCACCGAUAGUAGAAAAUGCCAACAGCACCAUCGGGGUCUGUCCAACAGACUUCACUAUUAUCGGGCCUGAACUUGAACCCGUCCACGAAUCUACAAGGGCGCCUACUGGCCUAGCUAUCGACCCGAAUCUAGUUCUAUACCUGACCUAUCCUCGUAAUUCUGGGCCUACACCAGAAAAUGUUGUCAAGUGUACUUCCUUCGACACAGAGGAGCCGUGGCCAUCCGCUGCCAUUCAAAACUGCACCACUGGCCAGAAUGCCAGCACUUGCUUCAUCAACGUACAAAAUGUCGUCUUAGAUAACGUCAACCAGCUCUGGGUCGUCGAUUCCGGUAUCCCACCGGGAGAAAAGUCCGCAAUCGAAUACGGAGCCAAGAUAAUGAGCUUCUCUCUAGCUGGAGAGUUACUACGGACGUACAUCAUUCCCUCCGAGCUGUAUUACGAUAACAUGAACGCAAACGAUGUGCGCAUCAACAACACACUUGGAGAUGACGGCUACGCGUUUAUCACCGACGAGUCAGACGCUGGGUCUAUCCUAUCUGUCAAUCUAGCCAGUGGCGCUGCGAAUCGCCGGCUCUUCAACACUACGUACACGCGUGCCGACGAGGGGUAUGUGGGCGUGUACAACGGUCAACCCAUAUACAACUGGAAUGGGACGCGUAAGUCCUCCAUUACCACAGGUUCGGAUGGUAUCGCGUUGGCAUCGGGAAACGUGUACUGGGGUGUACUUGCGUCGCGCCGCUUCUACUACAUCUCCCAAGCCGCAGUCAUCGACAAUUCAAUCUCAGACGAGGAUCUACUGGCCUACGUACAGGACCCAGGACAGUGUGGUACCGAGCAAGCAGGUCUCACAGCCGAUGACAAGGGCCGUGUGUACAUUUGUGCGAGCGAGCACAACGCGAUCUUCUACGUCGAUACGCUACAAGCUGCGGUUAAUGAAAUAGUGAAUGGCGUUCCACCUGGUAGCUCGAAUGCCUUAGAACCGGUGCCGGCGAGAGACUAUGUCGUUAAGACGUUGGUGAGGAAUGCGUUGAUACAGCAUGCGGAUAGCGCGGCGAUCUGGGAUGGUUGGCUGUACUUCUGCACGAAUCAAUUGGAGUUGAGCGCCGGUAGGCAGUACAACAAUGUCGAUGCGAGAAGGGGACCCUUUAGGUCGUACAGAGUCUGGAUUGGCGCUGGACCUGCGGUCUGAGAAUUCAAAAACGCUGAGGAUCAAUAUCAAUCUUCCUU